AUGGAAAAAAUUGGCGUAUUAAGCCAAGAUGUAAGUAAUUUUCUUAAUUCACAGAGACGUGGCAGAAGUGGGUUCAGUACAUUGAUAAAAUUAAAAUAUGCACAUUAAUUUUGUAGUUGUGAAUUAUAAUAGAACAUUUAAACUUGUUUAUUUUUAUAAAGUUUUAUGUUACUCAAAGUAAGUAAUUUAAUUUCAAACUGAAGAUAUUAUCAAGUAUUUUAAUUUACAGAUUUGGGACAUUAUCAUCAAGCACAGUGAACUCACAUCAGUAACGAGUUUGGCUAGAACUUGUCGUCGUUUUAACAACUAUGUUGGCUUGGAUUUCAAUAAGUUGUGUGUGGAAAAUCAUAUUUUUCGCCUUCCCGGAGAAUCGUGGGCCGACGCUUUCGCUGAGUAGGUUUCUAAAACAACAUAAGGGUGGGACAAUAUUUUAAUAACAAGGAGUUGUAGUCUUAAGUUACGCCUUUUGACAAAACGGUAGGUACUGAUAUGUAAGGCUAUAGAUAGCUUAAGGCAAUGCAGGGUUACGUAUACAUUUUCAAAUAUGAUAUGUUUGAUUGUUAAAUUUCAGUGCUCAUCGCCGUUUAUGGAUAGACGCGGAGCCAUUUGACGAAGUUUUAUACUUAAGAAGGAUGGUCAGCAUCCACUUUAGAAGUUACUUGGUUGUGUUUUCAUAUAACACUACUGUAAUUGUUUGUAGUUUGGAUUUUUUGCGCACGUUUGUCCAAGUCUUCAGGUUUGACGAAGAUGUCAACUUAAUUGAGACUUCUAGCGAUCAAAAAUACAUUAUUAUUGGUGUAAGUUAUUUAAGCUUCUAACAGGGAGACCCUCUUGACGUUUAUGCCUCCCCCCCCCCUUAGACCCCGGCUUCCCGCUCGGUCCUGACCAAAACCUAACAAUACUGCUCAUAGCACCAAUGCCCUGUUUUAGGUUAGGUUUCGAGGAACAUUCGUAUUUGAGUUGGCAACAGGACGACCUCUCUACCCUCAAGAACGCAAAAGCAUGACAUUUAAUUCAAGCGUUUUUAUAUAUCACACUUUUGCAAACAAAGUGGAGGAAGUUUUAAGCACAAAAACGACUAUCAUAGAUAAUAUGCGAGAACUUGAACGUACAACUGAGCAUUAUUGUGCACGUGUGGUACAGGAGAAGCUGAUUGUUUACGACGUGUCCAAGGAAGUACAGUACGAACUGCCGUUGAAUCCAAGUUUUGGCAAAGUUCGUUCUGUGCUUUUUUUGGUUCGCUCCAAUUGUGUUUCGAUAAGUUAUUUGAAUGAAAAGGGGCGGUGGCCGUGUGAAGUCUACAACAUUUUAACUGGUAGCUUAAUGUUACAAGAUCCUGACAAUGGUUAUUUUAUUUUGUCACCGUUCCUCCUUCUAAGUCCAAAGCGUGGAAAUGUGAGUUAAAAUUACAGCUUGCUUUUCAGACCCUACCCUACCCUACCCUACCCUACCCAGCCUACCUUACCUUAUCCUAUUCUACACUACCCUACCCUACCCGAACCUAAUCAGGAUUGGACGCAGGGCAGGGCAUGGGCCCGGUAACAGGGCAUUUUUGAAUUGUUUUUUUGGCGCGCUUUUUUAUAAAUUUUUUUGGCUAGGCCAAAAAACGCAAACAUUUCUAGAAAUGGGUUUUAAACACUGUUAAUCCAUUAUACUUUAUUAUUAUCUUGAUAACUAUUACAGUUUUCAAGAUAUGAGUUUGGCGGGAAAACGAAAUUCAAAAAAUGCCUUGUUGAAAUGCCCGGCCCUGCCCUACGUCCAACCCUGGCAGGGGUACGUUACGGUAGGGUAGAAUAGGGAGUACUGUAAUUUAAGUCAGUAUUGUUAAUUUUUAGAUUUUCAAACUGGAUCUUCUUAGUGGGACAUGGAAUUGCACCGCUUCUUAUGUCAAAACGCCUUGUACUUUACCAAGAGACAUUGCUCCAAACUUCAUAGUCUACGAAGCGACUCUUGUCGCUAAAGCUGAUUUAAAAUGGGCUAGAAAGAUUGGUAGCACGUCGCAGAACGUUGGUAUAAAUCAAGGGAAAGAAGAACGAUCUUUGUGUUACAAAAACACGGAAACCUAUGUUGGUAAACAAGAAGAAUUGGUAACUAACCAAGGCGAACAACAAAGAUUAUUGUUAACAGAAAGAGACAAUCAUGACUCGUAUCCAUCUGAAAAACAAGAUCGCUGGAUGGCAUAUAAAUGCUCAUUUUUGGAUGAAAAAUCAAAAAGUAAGUAGUGGCAGGUUAGGGUAGAAUAUAGUAGGCUAUGGUAGAAUAGAGAUGAUAAACAUGCUGGGCCCACUGUUCAAGCUUGGUAACGUAAAUUCCAGGUCCGACCCGUUUUGACUUUAGCACAAGGUUGGCCAGAUUCAAUCGUCGGGCCGGGUUGGGUAAGGUAGGGCAAUGCAGAGUAGGCUAGGGUAGGGUAGGGUAGGGUAGGGCAGUGCAGGGUAGGGCAGUGCAGGGUAUAGUAGGGCAGCGCAGGGUAUGGUAGGGUAGGUAAAAAUCGCUAUUAUGUAUCUUAUUUUAGAAAAAGUUACAGUACGGAACUACACCACGAUAUGUCGAGAAAAACACCCCUUACUGGAGCUUAGCCAUUUGUUAAUUUUUCAAGACAGAAAGUACUAUGGAAAUGGUGCUGCUGAAUACUUUAAACCACUUAUCCGUGAUUGGUGCCAAAUCGAAAAACGCAGAAGCUGUAAUUAGUUACAGUAAUUUGUUAAAAUUAUUAUUUUGUUGUAAAACUCUUGAAAUAAACACAGUAUAGCUUUAGUUUAUUGUCUUGGUUAUAGUCCUCGUUCUAAGCUUGUUCCUAGUACUAUUCGUAGUUGUAGUGUAGUUAUUAUCGUUCUAAACCGAGUGUUAAUUAUAGUCCUAGUCAUAGUUUCAGCCUUAAUCCUAUUCCUAGCCAUACUCCUAGUUUAAGCUAUAGCCUUAGCUUAAGUACUGAACUUAGCCAUAACCCUAGUUUAAGACUUAGUCCUAUUCAGAGUUCCCACGGGCUCCGGAGCCGGAGCUCAUUUUUGAAAAUGGUCGGAGCCGGAGCCGAGUUUUUUUUUUCUGGUCCUAUUCCUAGUCUUCAUAUCUUAACCUUGUGCACUGGUCUUAGCCUCAGCUCGAGCUGUUGCUCUAGCUCCAUGCCUAGUCUUAGUCCUAAUUUUAACCUUAAUUUUAACUUAAGCCUUAACCCUAGUCCAAGUCUCAGUACUUCUAUUUUUAGCUUUUGUCUUAGCCAUAGCUCUAGCCUUUGUCCCAGCUUCAUUUUUAGCCCUGGUACUAAUACUAACUUAAAAAUAUUUAAAAUUUAUCUUAACAUAGCUAAUUUUUCUCAGUAUUCCUUACCUAUAUAUAGGUUCUAGUCCCUAGAUAGUCAGCUCUUUACCAAAAAAACCACACAAUAUUGUUUUUCAUAAUCUUUAUUCUUUGUAACAAGGUAAAUAGGCAGGAAACAGUUAAUAAACAAUAAGAGACACCCGACACUGUACACACGUUGUUCUUUGGUUUAGGAUACAGAGAUUACUUGAGAUAGAGAGAUUCCGAAUGUAAGGCCACGUAGAGCUGGAACUGGCACUUAAUAUAGCUUUAGUGAAGAGAGAUUUAGUACUGGCAUUAGGUUUAGAGAUUAUUUCGUACUGACAACUACUGAUAAAGUAUUGUUGUACUAACACCUACUGAUAAAGUAACGUUGUACUAACAAUUACUGAUAAAGUAUGUUGCACUGACAAUUACUGAUAAGGAAACGUCGUACUGAAAUAUAGCUUUAGCAAACAGAGAUAAUACAGUACUGACAUUAAGUUUUAUUGAUAAGAAAUUUUGCACUGAAAAUUCAACAAAUGGAUAAUGGAUUUUCAAGUAGGCACAAUGAUAAUAUCAUACAAAGGAAGAAAUUAUAGAUAUGUUGAGAUAAUGGCAUUUUAAGUUUUUUUCAUGGGCUUCCAAAAUCUGUAUCGAUUGUUGUUGUAGCUCUACUAUAGCUUGAGUUACAGUAAUGUAAAUAUAUCCUUGUUAUAUUAUACAUGGUGGAUAUACGAUCGACUACCACAAUAAAACUCGUUAUAAGAUAUGUUAAAAAGACAAGUGUUAGAUGUCAUUUUUCAUGGGCUUUCAAAAUCUGUAUCGAUUGUUGUUGUAACUGUGAUAUUCGUCCAGUUACAGUAAUGUAAAUAUUUCCUUGCUAUAUUAUACAUGAUGAAUAUCCGAUCGAGUAUCACAAAAAAUUCGUUAUAAGAUAUGGUUAAAAAACCAGUACAAGAUGUCAUUUUUUAUGAGCUUUUAAAAUCUAUAUCGACUGCUUAUGUAGCUAUAUUACUCGUCGCGUUACAAAAUGGCAAGAACUUUCUUUACAAUGAAUUUUUAACAAACUGUGAAGUAGUUUACAAACAAAAUGAAUUCUAUCAGUUUACUUUUAUUCUCCUUUCAUCAAACGAAAAAAAGAGAAAAAGAAAGACGAUAGGCUUCUCCUUCUGAAGUUUAAUGAAGGAUGCAAACUUUAGAUGAAGCCAUUCGGCUUUUCGAGUCUGCUACAUUAGUUUCUGUUUAAACUGUGGUUGCUUCUAAUUUCUGGGUUUGUAAACAAUGUUUUUGCCAUUUUUUGUUUUGUAAAGAAAGUUUUUUCUAUUUUGUUUUUGUAAAGAAAGUUUUUUUCAUUUUGUGUUUUGUAAAGAAAGUUCUUGCCAUUUAUUGCUUUGCAAGGAAAGUUUUUGCUAUUUUUGGCUCUGUACAGAAAGUUCUUGUCAUUUUUUGUUUUUUAUAGAAAUUUCUUUCCAUUUUUUGUUUUGUAAAGAAAGUUUUUGCCAUUUUUUGCUUUGUAAAGAAAAUUUUUACCAUUUUUUCAAUGUUAGUUACGUUUUGACGUUUUGCGGACUGCGGGUGACAAGUUAUACGCUGAAUAUUCAAAUUGCGUCAUUUUUCAAUAUGUAAAGAACUUUCUGGUUUGUUAAGAAAGUUCUUGCCUUUAGAAGCCACUUCUUAAACAAAGCUUCAAAUUCAGAAGCUUGAACAAACUUUUUGGCUUUAGAAGCCAAAACUAACUGCUUCAGAACCUUCUUCUCAACUUUUUUCCAAGUUUUUCGAAAUUCAAACAAACUUCAGAAGUUUGGCCCUUCGAAGAGUUGGGGCUUCAGAAUGUUUCGAAGCCACUCGACGAGUUUAGAAACCAAGACAAAAGAGACACAUUGCCGGCUUCUGACUUCCAUAUUAACAAAGACGAAGGAGAAGAAGAUGGUCGGGAGUGUGUGACACGAAGCACGACGAAUGCUCAUUUAUUCACAGAAGCCAGCAUGCUUCGCUGUAAUUGGGAUGCACGACAAGUAUUCAUGAAUAAUAUCCCUUCGCCCCGCUUCAUGAAGGUCUUCUGUUCGGACUUUGAAGCCGGUUUCGUGCGUUGUGUGUGGCUUCGGAGUUGGAUGGGUGAUGGGAAGAUGACAUACGUUUCUUGGCCUUAACUUUCUUUUACAGUAGCUGGCCCAGAGCCUUAGCCCUAGCCCGAGAACUCUUGCCUAAGAGCCCUAGCCCUAGCCCUAGCCCUAGCCCUAGCCCUAGCCCUAGCCCUAGCCCUAGCCCUAGCCCUAGCCCUAGCCCUAGCCCUAGCCCUAGCCCUAGCCCUAGCCCUAGCCCUAGCCCUAGCCCUAGCCCUAGCCCUAGCCCUAGCCCUAGCCCUAGCCCUAGCCCUAGCCCUAGCCCUAGCCCUAGCCCUAGCCCUAGCCCUAGCCCUAGCCCUAGCUCUAGCCCAGAGCCCUAGCCCAGAGCCCUAG